CAGGCCCGAGAUGCUCUGCUGCUCAUCAUGUCUCUGUCUGCCUCUGAGCCUCGUGUCGCUCAGCACAUUGCAGAGAACACAUACUUCUGUCCUGUGCUGGCCACGGGUCUGUCCGGUCUGUACUCGUCUCUUCCGGCUCGGCUGCAGGUUUACAGCGAGGACUGGCACUCUCUGGACCAGGCGGACUGGCAGCAGGUUCCUGCUCUGGUCCACUUUUUGCACUCUCUGGACUUUUGUAGUGCUGUUACCAAGGUGGCUCAUCCGUCCAUCCGCUCCCAGCUGCUUGGUUACAUCUACAAUGGCUUCCUUGUGCCUGUACUUGCUCCGGCUCUGCACAAGCUGACGGUGGAGGAAGUGAUGACUACCACAGCAUACUUGGACCUGUUCCUGCGCUCCGUCUCUGAGCCCGCCCUCCUCCAGACCUUCCUCUCCUUCAUCCUGCUGCACACACAUGACAACGUUCACAUCCUGGACACACUGGUCAGCAGGGUCAACACACCUUUCCAGUUGGGCACGGUGUCGCUGGCUCUGUUCAGGACUCUGAUUGGGCUCUUCUGUGAAGAUGUCAUGCUGCAGCUGGUCUUCAGGUAUCUGCUUCCCUGCAGCCACCUGAGCAGGAAGCAGCGCUGCUUCUUAAAGCAGAGGGACUGUUACUCCUCCAGUGCUGCCUCCUUCCUACUGCUGAUGCCCUCCUGGUGCCCUUUGCAGCUCCAAAACUCACUCACACACUCAGAGCACAUCCACUGGCCCAAAGGAACCGAUCUGUCAGUGUCAGACAGCGUUGGUUACUGUCGUGGUUCAGACUUCCUGAUGGAUGUAAACUACCUCCAUUACCUCUGGGAUGCCCGUCAGGCUAUCUCCACUGCCCGCAGGUCUUGCCGUUUAUGGUCGGCUUCUUAUGAUGGCAUCAACCCUCCACUUCAAGAGUAUCGAUCUGAUACACCUGGUAACAACAUGGAAGACGAGGAAGAGUUCAUGCAGCGAGUCAAGAGUGACUCCAUCUGCUCACUGGUUAUCAGUCCUCCGCCCUCUGCCCUCUCCCCUACACCAUCCUCUUUAGAUAACAGCCAAGCGGGCAGAACCAGCUCCGCCCUUGAACUGGAGUGGGAUGACAUUUUUGCAGAUGACAAUCCCUUGCCUUCAGCUGUGGUAAACGUGGUGCUGGCGAAUGGGGAUCUAUCAUUGGAUGCAGAUACAUGCACAUUUCCACCAGCACCUCCCCCACUGCCUCCUCGACACAUCCAGGAAAUGCGGCGCAAUGCAACCAAGCUGGUGCGCGGCUCUUAUGUUGAAGAAUCCGAGUUUCAGGAUGAUGUUCUUGUCUAUGAUCUCAUUGCUAAAAAGGACGCAAAGGCAGCCAUUUUGGAUCGGAUCAUGCUGGCAAAUCGCCAAUCCCGUGGGAGCAUCUCGAAAGGACAGCGAGUUUCAGCAACAGCGACAACAUUAACGACGAUGUUAACAACAACAGGAAGGACGGUUCUGGAAACUGUAAACAGCAUUAUGUUGACGAGGAGGAGGAGCGAGGAUGCAGGAAAAGAGGAAAGAAGAAGGAGUGAGGACUGUGAAAAGGAGAUAGGGAGAACAAAGGAAGGAGAAGAAGAAGAAACCAAAAGUAUAUUUGGACACAGAGGGUCACUGGGAGAUCAGCUCUUUACCAAUGGCUUUAAUGUAAACAAUGACAUCAUCGACGAAUGUGAUGAUGCAGAUGAUGAUAUAUACAUUACAGCUCAUGUCAGCCAUACACCUAGAGCACAUCAGCAACAUGUACAUGAAAGCAUACAGUCACCCUCAACAUGUUUAGUAAGAAACACUUUAACCAAUGGCCAUCAUGAAUCUGAAUCAUUUGACCGUCCCAUAUCUCCAAGCCUGCCUGACAGCAACACAAACAACAAUGACUUCCUGUCCCAAUACUGUGAGCUCAUGCUGUCAUUAGGGGUAGAACCAGACUAUGAGGACAUCACAGAUGAUAUUGACACAUUCAGGAAGCGUGUCCAAGUGCUAAGGCAAAGACUUGAAGAGGAUGAGGAAGAGCUUUGCACUGACUUUGGUUUUAGCUCCUUUGGGGAUGACUUUGGGGCAGAAGAAGAGGAAGAGAUGAUUCGAGAGGAAGACGAAGCGGAGAAGAUCAGGAGCGACACAAAGAAAGGCGUCAGGAGACAUCAAAUUCCAUUUACAGGUCCAUUCAUCAGUGUGCUGUUGUCUCGGCUGGAGAACCUUCUCGAAAACUCUAUUGCUGUAAACCUGCUUGUGACAGGCAUCCUGGCCCAGUUGGCAUCGUACCCACAACCUCUCCUGAGAUCCUUCCUGCUCAGCACAGACACACAAAAUCAGCCUAACGUUCGCACACUUUACCAGGUGCUGGUGUCGGUGCAUGCUCAGAUAGAGCGCUAUGUGAUGGCCAGACCAGACUAUCCUGCUCUAGUAACUCAGGCCUGGAGGUUCUUGUUGGCAAAAGACCAAGAUGGCAAAUUCAGAGAGUGCCUCCAGUCUCAGGGCGGUGACAUCAUCCUGGAUCCAUCGCUUCCCAAUGGCUCUGUGAAGAACGCUCUGCCUUUGCCUCCUUUCAGUGUCUUGCCCCCCUGUCCUACUAUUUCCCCUCAAGCCAAGAGCCGAGUCUUCGCCAUUAUCCUGUACGCCGAGUUCCUGAAGGAGUUGGCUGCCUUGGCCCAGGAGCACAGCAUUGCCUUGGACUGUUAUUCUGAGGAGUAACAAAUGCAAACCGCUAGUUCAACUGUAAAAAUCUGCCUCCCAGAUUGCUGCUGAUAAGAUCAAGGAUAUGCUGUGACCACCAGCAAAAGACUGAGCUCAAGGAGAAAACAUGUAGCAUGAACUACUUUCCUCAUCGAGGAUUAAUAUAAGUGAAUAAUUUAAGUAAUAUAAAUAUUCAGAUGUUGUGUAUGUUCCUGGCAGCACUUGAAAAUGUUGAUGCUUUCCCCAUGUGAAUAUGACUGAUAUUUAUAAAAUGAUUUUGAAGGAGAUGAUUUUGAAGAAUCAGUACUGAGUUUUAUAUAUUUGUGGGAUCCGUGAAAAUAGUUUUCUACCAUAUUUUCUUAAAUCUUUGCAUGGUUUUGUUGAGAUGGAAAAAGUUAGACAUGUGGUUCAAAAUGCAGAGGACCUUUUUAUUCCUCCUCCUCAGGAAGGACAAAGUGCUGCAGAAGCUGGUUGACAAUAAAUCUUACCUUACAUGCACUAAAGUGACUUUGCAUCAAAUAGAUCUAAACUUUAAUUUAUUUUAUUGUGUUUUCAUAUCCAGUAAACAAUUCACUAAUGUUCAAAAUGAUUCAUUAAAACUGUUAAUGCAAGACAAUUUUUUCUUACUUUUAACACCAGCAAUUUUUUUUCUCUUAUAAAAGGAGGCAGUAAAAUUUAACCUUGCUUAUAUUCCCAACAUUUUCUUCGGGUUUUUUUUUAACGUGUAUGGUAGUUCAAAGACAUUUCUAAACCUCAAAUAUCCAUCCAACAUCUGACAUAGCAGCUAUGAAAAAACAGAAUAAAAAAUGGACAGAGCUUCAGAGUCUGAAGUUAAAGCAGACCUGUCUUAAAUCUACAUUCUUUUUACUGACCACCAGGGGGCAGUGCAUGUGGUUGCAAAAGGAUUUCUGCUCCUAAAGAAAUCUAUGGGAAACCAGCUCUUUGCCCUUAUUUCACUAAACACUUCCUAAUGAAUUUAUAAGCUCAUUCACUAAUUUGUUGUGAUAAUGAGUAAAGCAGUAAGUUCAUUUUGCAAAUUAUUAUUAUUAUGCUCAGAAAAGAUGGUUAUGGAUGUUAGUUUGCUCAUUUACUAAUGACUAGUCAUUAUUUAAAGAGUAUGUGAUGUUCCUUGGUUUUAUAGUCAUAGUCGCAUCCACACCUUUGGUUCCUGUGAUUAAUUAUAAAACAUUGAAACAUUGACUUUGAGGCUUCGCAAACUGAUGGGCAAAGUCACAGUGCCUAAAUUUAUCUUUUAUACCAUCUGUGGUUUGCCAGUGACAAACCCUCAUCUUGAAUCAGAGACACAGAUGUCAUAAAAGACAAGUGCAGACAAUGUGGUCUGUAAAGUCCCAGCCUUGACCUGACUGUAUGUACUGUCAUCAUCUGGGUGUUUUUCAAACUGUAUGUGAUAAACGAGGGGUGGAUCUGACUGAGAAAGAGUCAACCUGUCAACAGGUCAAUCAUAAAAUGCACUUCAUCUUCUAUUCAGUAUGACCUGAUGACCAGCGAUUGUGACAAUAAAGUCAUCAGUGAAGUGUUCCCAAGGUUACAGAGCAAGGAAUUUUCCAUAGAUGUAUAUGCAACCAGUUGCCUGAAGGAACUGCCUAGUGUGUCACCACAACAAGAAAAAUGGAAGAGAAGGUUAAAGGAUGGUAGAAUUUUUACUUGUUUUUUUAGUGAGGUUUUACUAAACCUGACCAUGAGUAAAAAUGAAAGUUAUUUCAACUAUGUCAAGAUUAAAGGCCUCACACAGGAUGGAAAUCCCAGGCAGGAAAGUGUAGCUCAUGAGAGAGAUUAGAUCAGAUUUUUUACUUCCUGAUGACACUUCUCUAUAGCACGAUCAGUUGCACUUCAUAGCAUAGCGGAAAAUAAGUCUGUGGUGUUAAAAUGAAUAGAUGUUUCAUCAGUACUGUCUUUAUUAUUCUCAUUAGGGUCCUAAAUAUCAGUACUAAUAUACAAGGCACUGAGUGUUGUGAGAUUAAGCACCUUAUUUGUCCUUACUGUUGUUUUAUUGCUGUUUCUAUUUACUAGACUGGCUCAUGUGCCUGACAAAGCCAUUCUAGGUGUACAGUAAUUCAUUUUAGUUUUGCUUAUGUGUAUUUUUUGAAUAUUUUGAACCAGAUGGAGGAAAUUUAAAUGCUGAAAUUCAAACAAAGUGAGUGACAAUCCUUGAAACGGUAUCUAAAGUGUCAGGUUGCUCUGAUCAGUUGUGUCUUCCUGUUUAUGUGUUUUUGCUGCUGUCUUCAUAUGCAAACAAACACACAGGUAAAGUAUCA